AUGACGCCACAGGCCAAACCGGCCUAUCGGGCAAGGAACAUCCCAAUCAACACCCCGGCCCACAACCACCGUUCUGUAUUUGCAAAGAUCAAGGACCCCUCUGUCCUCAACGACGACGACCAGAUACUCCUUGCCGAGGUCUACAAGCGCCGCGCAAAGCCCCUACCAAAUACUAAUUCUAAUACUAAUAUUAGUAUUCCAAUUCUUGACACAAGUCGCGAGCGAAAUGUCGGCAUAGUACUGAAGUUCCUCCGCCUUCCCAUACAAACGAUCGAGGCAGUCAUUCGUCAGUUCGAUAGGAUCACCCUCGGUGAGGAACAUAUUUCAGGUUUGGUGAAGGUCAUUCCAACCGCUGAUGAUUUUGCUGCGAUUGAACGCUACCAGCGGAAGGUUGAGAAGCCGUGGACAACAACAGAUCUUCUCAAACUUCCCACUCCUGUGAGAUUUUUCUUAAUGACGAAAAAAAUAGACCACUACGAGGAGCGUAUUCGGGCAUGGAUGCUCACGCUUGAGUUAGAACCCCGUGUGGAUUUUUUGAUGGAUAAACUUCAGUGCGUCGAUAUUGCAGUACGGGCGGUGCUGGGGUCAAAAUAUCUACCAGAGAUCCUCGCGUAUAUAUUGUCGGCGAGUAACUUUUUGAAUGCAGGAAGUCGGUAUCAGAAUGCGCAAGGCUUUCCAAUCACACAAGUCAUGAAUAUUAUGAACUUCCGAACAACUGAUGGGAAGGGGAUUUUGCUAGAGUACGUUGUGACCUCGAUUUCAAAAAAGGAGCCGGAACUACAUCGUUUUGUUGAUGAGAUUUUGCCAAGCCUUGAUCCUGCGCGAGGGGUGAUCGUAGAAGAUAUCCACACUGAGCUCACGGCGUUGCGCACUCGUUUAAAGUCUUGCGGUUCUUUAGUUCAUUCCAUUACGCACGAUCAGCGAUGGACGGGGAUAUUAGGAAAGUUUAUAUGUCACGCUGAACCGCUUCUAGAAAAGGCAGAAUGCCUCGCUAGUGAUUUAAACGCACACAUCAAACUUUUGCCCGACUUUUUUUGCGAAAAUACCCAAAACUUCUCCCUAAACGAUGUGCUCCGUGUCUUGUAUGUCUUCUGCAAGAACUGGGAGACGGAGCGUAUACGUCAGGAGGAAAAAGAGCAGCGUAUCAUGCGUAUGAGCCAUCAUAAAUGA